AUGGAGGAUUCGGGUGAGAGUGCAGCGUCUCUCCUGCUGACUCCCGGCUGUGUGCUGAGGCUGUGUCCCCUGUCCUUUGGCGAAGGAGUGGAGUUUGACCCCUUACCACCAAAGGAAGUAAGGUACACCUCCUCGGUCAAGUACGACUCCGAGCGGCACUUCAUCGACGACGUGCACCUGCCCCUGGGCCUGGCGGUGGCCUCCUGCAGCCAGACGGUCACCUGCAUCCCCAACGGCACCUGGCGCAGCUACAAGGCCGAGGUGCGCUUCGAGCCGCGCCACAGGCCCACGCGCUUCCUCAGCACCACCAUCGUCUACCCCAAGUACCCCAAGACCGUCUACACCACCACCCUGGACUACAACUGCCGCAAGACGACGCGGAGGUUUCUGUCCAGCGUGGAGCUCGAAGCCACGGAGCUCCCGGGCGGCGACGACCUCUCCGACGAACGCUGACUCGGCUGGGCCGGGGUCGGACCGGCUGCUCCGCUGUCCUGCCCCCGACUGCCCUGGCCAAGCCGGGCGACCUUACCCUUCAUGUCAUUCCAGCCCCAGAGGAGUCUAACCUAGAGAGACCUCCAAGCCCGGCCGGGGGAAGAGAAAAAAAAAAAUCGCUGCCACUCAUAAUUAUUGAGAUCUUUGUGUUGUGAUGUUUAAGCUGUUUUUAGAGGGAGUAUAUGUCCUGGUUUGCUGCUGUGUUUCCCCAAAGUCUCAAUCAGGUGAGGCAACAAAAAGACCACUGGGACCGCAGGAAAGCAGCAACCAUCUGGGGUAGGGAGGAAGGAGGAGAGCUCUCCCUCCAUGGCCAGUUUGUCCGAAGAAGAGGGUGGAAAAAGUGAGAUUUUAGAAAUUUCAGCCACGGGUGUCUUCACCGCGCAAAAGUGGUGCUAAUUCAGUAAACGGCGACACCUGCGUGGGUUCAAUCUGUGGGGGGUAGAGUUUCGUUCCUUUGUUUUUACAUUUCCAUCUCUGUUUAUGUUUCCUGUUAACCUAAACUCUUGUAAUUCUCUAAAUCUUUUUUCAUGAUAUCAAAAAAAAAAAAAAAAAAAAAAUCCCAAACCACAAUGUAAGAUGCCUUAAAAAAAAAAAAGGUUCAUGUUGCCGCUCUGGGAAGGCCAGGCCGGGGCCGCCGGGUGUGGUUUUGGCCCCGAUUACUUCCUCGCCAUCAGUUCCAAGCACAGGCUCUGAGAAAACGCCUCGAACCCUUGGCAUGUGCUGACCGUCCGCAGGCUUCCGUGAGUCUGGGACAGGUGUUUUGGCCUUUUGGAAUAUUUUCAGAAUUACUUUCCCAUUUUUUCAUAAGGCAAAACGGAGCCGGAGGACCUUUUUUGAGAGAAACAGCUUUCUAAGAGUAUGCUUGGAAAACACACUUUUUGGGGAGUCCGCGAGGGGAGUGGACACUCGGGACACGAACCGGUGGCCCUGGCUAAGACCUGCGGCCGCCCGGAGGAGGCAGACGCCGAUGAUGACCUGGUUCAUCAUGAGAGGGGCCGGGGUUGACUCAUUCUUAGGAUUUCGGUGGCGUCAGAAUUGCAGAGGGAUUUUGCUGGGGCCUUAAGUCUAAUUCAAACAGUCAGGAAGGCCGGGCGCGGUGGCUGGAGCCUGUGGUCCCAGCUACUCGGAAACUGAGGCGGGAGGAUCUCUUGAGCCUAAGAAUUCGAGACCAGUCUGGCAACAUAGUGAGCCUCCAUCUCUAAAAAAUAUGGCAGAAAAAAAGGCGAGGAAAUGCGUGUGCCCAUCCGCCGACAGCAGACAAGGUGCAUUCACAGUAGGGUGCGAUGUCAAAGCCUGGCCGCUGUGGCUGCGCGUCCUUCUUACCCACCGCACAGGUGCAAGUGGCAUUCGACUGCCGUGUUCCCAGGGACCGUGAGAAUUCGGCUGACCCAGCCGGGCAGUGGCGGUGGACCAGGGCCUGGUGGCUUCGGCUCUGCCUCCCACCACCCCAUCCUCCCCCAGCCCCUUCUUCUUGGGACCUCCUGCCAAUCCCUGUGGUGUCUGAGGAAAGAAAGUGGCAGAUGGUUUUACUGUUUUCUUCCAAGAUUGGAAAGAACAAACUAGAUAUUUCCUUUGAAUGCAUCCAAAUGAUGUCAAGUGCCCGAGGGUCACCGGGCACCGUGGGCUCCGCUCCUCUGCGGCUCCGGGUUUCUGUGGACGGCUUCCAUCUGUCCCGAAAGCAGAAGCGAGAGCUCCGUGGUGCCCCGGGGCCACAGCAGCAGGUGCGGUGAUAAUUGCCAUCGUGUGCAGUCGCUGGAGGCCUGGAGAGCCACAUUGUCCUCUGCAGACCACAGCGUCCGUCCGCGGUGCCCCUCACCAAUGCAAGCGGCCUGUGGACACAGCCUGGGGUCCACCCGUGGUCUGCACUUGCCAGGCUGAAGCUCGGCUGGGACCCAGUGAGGGGGCACCCUGGCACCCAUGGUAUCCUCAGUCACAUGCAGAGCAAAAAAUGCUUCCUGUGUUUGGAAGAGCAAGUGACGCAGCAUGUAUUGAUAAAAAUGGAUUUUCUGUCUGAUUUCAUGCUGUGGUCAUUUAAGUGGUCAAUAUUUUUUUGUUUUUUUGUUUUUUUUUUUUGAGACGGAGUCUCACCCUGUUGCCCAGGCUGGAGUGCAGUAGCACGAUCUCGGAGUACUGCAACCUCUGCCUCCCGGGUUCAAGGGAUUCUCCCGCCUCAGCCUCCUGAGUAGCUGGGACUACAGGCGCACACCACCACGCCUGGGUAAGUUUUGUAUUUUUAGUAGAGACGGGGUUUCACCAUGUUGGUCAGGCUGGUCUCGAACUCCUGACCUUGUGAUCCACCCGCCUCGGCCUCCCAAUAACUUUUAAGUUAUGUUAGCGGGAUCCUCAGGGCCUUGCCCUGCCCCAUGGAAACACUUGCUUGGAUGAGCUCAGGAAACAGUACCGGCUGCUUGGCAGGCGUGGGCGUUGCGUGGGAGGACGUGGCCUUUAAACACCGCUGUGUUCUCAGACGUCCUUAGGAGAUUUUUUGGGUCUUAUGGGGACUGUAUUAAGUUCAGGCAAAUCAUGCUAGGUGUGGAGAGAGUCUGAAAUAUGUCAGUAAAGUAAGUAGGAGUGAGCGAUUGUGAAUGUGUAAUGCAAAUGGAAAACCAGGUUUUAUUGUGUUAAGUUAUUCACCAGGGAACCAACUGUAGUUCUUUCUAAUCCUCUUUCUCUCCAAACCUGCUUUGCUGAAAGUUGCAGAAAGGAAGUGUGUGGAGAGAAAGAGUGUUUCAGGUGGGUCAGAGGACGCCAUCCACAGUGGAUUCAUGUUCGUUUGCAGGGUGGAAGCAGUGAUUUUUAAGACCACUGAUUAAAAACAAACAUCCCUCAGUGUAUCUGAGAGAUGCUGUUUAUUUGUUAAUGAAAAAGCUUUUUUCUCCGUCUCUUAAAUAAUGGCUUUCAUGUAAUAAGGAUAUUUUUAGUGAAAAGUUAUUUUCCUUGCAAAUUACAGACCUUUUUGAAAAACUUAAUUUGAGCGAGUACCUUUUCAUUUGACACUUUUACUGUUUCUAACCUUAGGAAAGCAGAAGCGUCUGGCAGACACGACGUUUUCAGUUUACCUUUGACACCUGCCCCACUCCAUUUCGCUUUGUGACGUCUUCAUUUAACAAUAAAUUAUCUGAAAAAACAAAA